AACUGUUUGUAAAUAAAAUAAAAUAAAUAAAUAUUUAAAAAAUAAAAUAAAAAAUGUCCCCUGCCAGCAGCUACAGAGAAGAACCUUUGCUGUUUGUGGGAUCUACCUGCAUAAGACCAACACACCCCAUACUGAGUCAUACCCAGGAGCGGACUGACCAUUUGGAAAUUCGGGCACUGCCGGAGGGCCUGGGGUCAGUAGGGGGCCCCAUGAGAUGCCCCUGGUACCUUUUUCAUAGGCUUUUUUGAGUUUGGGCAAGGACACAGGGGCCCCAUGAUCCCCUAUUGCCCGGGGGCCCCAUGAGUUGUCAGUCCGUCCCUG